AGCAAAUUUGCCCACUCAAAGCGAUAUUUUAAAUAAGAACUUCACGUUGAACCUCGAACACCCCACAAUCGAAGUCACCAUCAACCACUCUGCCAUCGAAUUUAGCAGAGGAAAUUACGAGUGCUUGGUAUAGUAAAAGCCUCGCAUUUUGCUCGCAGUUCCCAUACUAGAUACCCCGCCAAAGAAAAAGAGCACACCUACUACACAAUGUCCAGAGUCGCAAAGUGAGAAAUUUCAAUAUUUACAGUCAACCGUCAGCACAAUCUAACAAAAAUUUUAGUAAUCGGGAUUGGGCCGAUGAUGAGGAUCUCGAGGAUUCCAACGAGCUCCCACAGUCAACGACCACUACCAACAAAGAUGGCACACAAACCAUUGUAACCUGGAGAUUCAACGAUGAUGGAAAGAAGGUCAAGACUACACGCCGCAUCAGAUUCACGAAAGUUAAGGAAAUCGUCAACCCAAGAGUGGCUGAGAGAAAGUCCUGGGGCAAGUUCGGAUUAUCCCAAAAGGAUGCUGCGGGGGUGAGUACAACGGGAAUUUGGAACAAGAAAUUCAUUAAUAGCUGAUAUUUUUUCAGCCUGCUUCGGAUACCACCAGUGUAGGAGAGAACAUUAUAUUCAGACCAAGCACGAACUGGAGAAAGGAUGCCAAGGAGGAGGUCUCAGAUGCCGGAGCUAUGAAGAACAAGUUGAAGGACAAGCAAGUCAAAUGUCGUAUUUGUAGCGGAGAGCAUUUCACAGCCAAGUGUCCCUUCAAGGGCACAAUGGCACCUUUGGGUGAGGAAGGAGCAGUCGACGUUGCCGCUGGCCAUGCAGAUACUCCAGAGGGUCCUGGCGGUCUUGGUGCAGGUAAAUCCUCAUACGUACCACCUCAUCUCAGAAAUGGCGGUGCUGCUGGUGGUGAGAGAAUGGGUGGUGGUAAGUUUGAGAGGGAUGAUUUGGCGACUCUACGUGUCACGAACGUAAGUUAUUCACGCUCCGUAGACCCAUUUAACACUUUACUAACAUACAGAUUAGGUCUCAGAAAUGGCCGAGGAACAAGAACUUCGGGAUAUGUUCGAGCGCUUCGGCAGAGUCACAAGAGUCUUUCUGGCGAAGGAUAGAGAAACUGGUUUGGCGAAGGGAUUCGCAUUUAUUAGUUUCCAGGAGAGAUCGGACGCCGCGAAGGCGUGUGAAAAAAUGGAUGGUUAUGGUUUCAAGCACUUGAUUUUACGAGUCGAAUUCGCAAAGAAGGCCACGUAGAUAUUUUGGUAUUUAUGAAGGAUUGAGCUUGCCUAUGUAUCAUGGGAUAUUUAUUGAUUCUUUUAUUCAUGGGGCCACGGCUCAUGGAAGUUUAUGAACUUUACUAUCAGAAUUGCUCCGCCGGCAAAAAUGAAAAAUCAGUUAGGCGAGAUAUCUUACCCUGAACCAAAAUAAGCAUGUACGGAGUACGUAUGUAUGUAUUUGAAUAAUGAACAUUUGGGCCCAGUGUAACUGUGAAACGCUAGGACAUUCACGGCGCAAUGUGAGGCA